CCCCCACCUCUCAAAACAUGGGAGGAAUGUGACCCCCCCUCAUACACCCAGGGAAUUCCGCCCAUGGCUGAAUAUGAAGCGAGUUAAACUAAUCUGCUUCAUAUGAUCCAUUCCCCUCCAUUCAUUGCAUUUCCAUGUGCCUAUUGAGAAGCCCCUUCAAUACCACUAUCAUAUCUGCCUCCAGCAUCACCCCUGGCAGCAUGUUCCACGCACCCACCACUCUCUGUGGAAACAAAACUUGCCCCGCACGUGUCCUUUAAACUCUCACCCUUCCACCUUAAAGCUAUGCCCUCUAGUCUUUGACAUUUCUACCUUAGGAAACGUUUUUGGACUAAUCUAAUUUUUAAAAGGAAUAUGGGUGAAACGCAUGCAGAUGGGAUCAGCUCAAACAACUGAAUCGGAAAACCCUGGAUCCAUUCUUGGUAAUCUAAGUGCAGUGCGGGAUUUUGAAUUUGCUGACACUUUUAUUGCUUGUGGAAGUGAACUUUGUGCCUCAAAAGGCUCAAUGUCCUGUCGGCUAGUUAAUAGGUUAGUGAAUCCUGGGCUCAGAACUGUUCCUGACGGACAUCAUGACGAUCAGGCUUCUGUUUCUGGAAUUUCUCCUUCUCCAGAGGGCAACUAGUGAGAACAUAUUGAUCUGGCCUGCUGAAGGAAGCCACUGGAUUAACUUGAAAGUCAUCAUCAAUGAGCUGAUCGCAAGAGGUCACAGUGUUACUGUGGCUAUGAAUUCAGCUACGCUUUACAUCGACAAUUCUGAACCCUCACCAGUGAAUUUUGAAGUGUUUCAAGUGCCGUCUACCACAGACAGGUUCAGAGAUUUCAUUGAUUUCCUUUAGGAAUUCUGGAUUUAAGAAAAACCAGAAGUAUCCCACUGGCAAGCAGUCAGAAGUUUUUCAGCAAUGAUAGAACGUGGAAAGAAAUUUAGCAAAGGCAUCUGUGACGGGGUGAUGAAGAAUGAAAAACUUGUGCAAAAACUGCGAGAUUCGAAGUUUAAAGUCGUGCUCUCUGACCCCGUGCAUCGCUGUGGGGAACUCCUGGCUCUGAAGCUGGGAAUUCCCUUCAUCUUCUCUCUGAGAUUCUCCCCGGGAUUUACAGUGGAGAGACUCUGCGGACAGAUCCCAGCCCCUCCCUCCUAUGUACCGGCGACCCUCUCCGAGUUUUCUAAUGAGAUGUCUUUCAUUGCGAGAGUUCAGAACGUUCUUUACACAUUCAUGUACGACUGGAUGUGCAAACGGAUAUGGCGUGGUUGGGACUCCUAUUAUAGUGAAGCUUUAGGUGAGGUUGACAUUUUCCUUUCCUUUUGUUAAAUGACUUGAAUGCAAAAUUUCCAAUUAACAUGUAG